GUCCACGUAUACACAAGGCGCGCAUGGGGGUACGAAUCGCGACGUUCUAGUCCUCUAGUAAGAGUAUAUUUUUCUAUGGUCUUCGCCUUAACGUAAGAUAAGUAAGCCGCUGUCACUUGAGCUGGUGACGUUUAGUUUCUCGUGUUGUGUAUUUAUUAGAUCGGGAGCGGGGAGUACUCGCUCGCCGGCCGGCCGUCAUAGUUUACACGCCCUCGUUCGCGUCGACCAUCUUCUCUCCGUCUUAUUCUCUUCUCUCCACGAGGUGAAUGUUUUCGUGUUCCGUUUUGCAUCCCUGACCGCCCUGCCAAAGUCCGAGUACCAGCAGCAGUGAUGAAUACCUUGAAGGUCUUCGCCGAAACCACAAUGGUCACACCAAUCACCGCUACAGCGUCCACUGUCAAAUAGUCACACUGUGCAUGAUUUUCUGCCGUUUUACCUCUACUUACAUACAGAUUGCUUAUAAAGAAAUUUGGAAAAUCAACUUCAUUUAUCAUCGGCAACUACUAUUAGAACAACAAUACUCUGCAGUCAGGAUUAAACAUAUAACAUCACUGCUUAUUCUAUUGUUACAAUCUCAAUAACUAUUCAAUACUUUUAUUACACACUGACAUUAAAAGUUUUAACCAACCAGCAUCAACAGACACAACUUAUUUACAAACAUUGUGACUACAUCAAAAUCUAGAGAUUAUAGCCAGUGAAUAAUGAUUCCACUAUCGUCUUCAGCAUCACAGAGAAAAUCAAGUGUGGCAGCAAAAAUGACAAGCGGGAGCUCCGCCGGUAUGCCUUCACCGACUAGCCUCCUGACAAAGCUGAAAAGUGCUGUGCGUUCAGUUGUAUCGGACUCGAAUGCCCGCAACUUGAUGGGCUUCCUGGUUCUAAACUUUGUGUUUGCUUUUGUGGAACUCGCAUAUGGCAUGUGGACAAACAGCUUGGGCCUGAUAUCAGACUCGUUUCACAUGUUCUUUGAUUGUACUGGCCUAAUAGCUGGGCUGGCUGCCCAAGUUGUCAGUCGAUGGCCAGCGGACGAUUCCUUCGCCUAUGGUUAUAAACGCGCUGAAGUUCUGGCCGGGUUUGUCAACGCACUGUUCUUGCUGUUCAUAGCGUUUUUCAUACUAACGGAAGCUGUGGAACGGGCCAUCGAACCGCCCGAGGUGCACCACGACCGCCUGUUUGUGGUCAGCGUGCUGGGGCUGCUGGUCAACCUGGUCGGUAUAUACGUGUUCCAGCAUGGAGGUAGCCACGGACACAGCCAUGGUGGCUCAGGUGGCGGUCACGGACAUAGCCACGGCGGUGGUCACGGGCACAGUCAUGAAGGCGGUCAUGGACACAGUCACGGUGGAGGUAACCACGCGCACGAAGACGACCCCUACAACCAGCACAACCAAGUGUCCAUAUCGAUGGGCGGCGGUGCCGGUCAUCAGCAGAACAACGCGUCAAUUCCACCGGCUGGGACCGGCCAGAGUAGUCACAAUCAGAACCACCUAAUGAAAGGAGUUCUGCUGCAUAUCUUGGCCGACACACUGGGCAGCGUGGGCGUGGUCAUCUCCGCGCUAUUGAUGCGAGCUUUCGGGUGGAUGCGCGCCGACCCCGUGUGCUCGAUAUUCAUAGCCGUCCUUGUGGCAGCCUCUGUGUGGGGCCUGCUUCGCGACUCAGCCCGCGUCCUCAUGAUGCGCACGCCCGUCGAGCUGGACGACGAGCGGCGCUUGCUGGAUGCGUGCUACUCCCGACUGCACCGGUUCCAUCCGGCUGUCAUGGGCAUCCAGGAACCACGGUUUUGGACGUUGUGCGCGGACGCCUACGCUGGCAGCAUCAAGAUCGAAGUACGGUCCGGACUCACGGGGAUCGGGGGUGGUGGUCCAGGCACCAGCGAUUAUGCCGCGUCCUCGUCGCCGAUGCAAUUCGCCGGACAAUCGAGCCUUCAGCCCGCUGAUGCCGCCCGACUGUUGCACGACCGCGACCAGUUCGCCAACAGUCUGGUGCGAUAUGCGCAACAGGUAUUCGGUGCCGUCGGUGUCCGAAACUUGUACGUGCAGAUCGACUACGCGGGGGACGACAUGAUCCAUAAUCAUACACAUCACCAUGUCAACGACGUGCAGCGGCCAAACAACUAUGCAGCAGUCGGAAGUCUGCUCGAUCAGCCGCAACAACAAUUCCAAAUGCACUAUCAACAACAGCAGCAGCAGCAACAACAACCACAGCAACAGUACACCAAUCCGCUGCUAAUGAUGUAAUUUAAUAACGGGUAGCUCCUCGCCACCGCCCACGUGAGUCAAAAGGAUUACGGUCACCAUCAACCUCCAAAAUCUGUAUGCUGGCAGUUUCAACUACGAUGUAAAAAAAAAAAAAAAAUCCUCCACAUUUUAAUUAUACUACUACUAUUUUUAUUAUGUUAAAGAUGCCCAUUAUGUACCAUCCUUGAAAGUGUUACAUCAAUUAUUAUACCGAAAAUAAAAAAUUUUAUUUGUACAUUAUACAUAAGAAUUUAUUUGUAGAUUAAUUAUUAUUGCAUUGUUUCAUAUUUUGUUUCUACACUCAGAUAAUGAUGAAGUGAAUAAUUUGAAAAACUGUUGACUUUCCAAUGAAACAAGGAAACAAUUGAACAGUGCGAAGACUAUUAUUUUAAAUAAUAAAUAUUAUAUUGUAUUAAUAUAUUUAAAAAUGUUUGAUAUUGUCAUUA